AUGAAGUCUAUCGCGUUCUUCCUCUCUCUCCUCCCCUCAGCCCUAGGGGCAACCAUCUACCUCGCCGGCGACUCAACCAUGGCCGCUGGGGGAGGCGGGUCAGGGACCGACGGCUGGGGCGAAUACAUCUCAUCCUCCAUCUCCGGCACCGCCACCAACAAAGCCAUCGGCGGCCGUAGCGCCCGCUCCUACACGCGCGAAGGCCGCUUCGAAGAAAUCGCCAAUUCCCUCCAAUCCGGCGACUACGUGGUGAUCGAAUUCGGCCACAACGACGGCGGCUCACUAUCCAGUUCAGACAACGGCCGCAGCGACUGCGGCGGUACAGGAGAUGAGACCUGUCAAACCGAGUACGACGGACAAUCCGAGACAGUCCUCACCUUCCCAGCAUACCUAGAAAACGCAGCGAAGCUGCUCCAGGAGAAGGGCGCUACGGUGGUGAUAUCGAGCCAGACGCCGAAUAACCCAUGGGAGACGGGGGAAUUUGUGUACGAGGCGACGCGGUUUGUCGAGUAUGCCAAGUUGGCUGCUGAUACUGCUGGCGUGGAGUAUGUUGAUCAUGGGGCGUAUGUGGCUAGUGUCUUUAAGUCGCUUGGGGAGGAUACGGUGAAUGGGUACUUUCCUAAUGAUCAUACGCAUACAAGUGCGGAGGGUGCGGAGGUUGUUGCUAAGGCGUUUUUGAAGGGUGUGGUGUGCGGUGAUGUUUCGUUGAAGGAUGUAUUGAGCACGACGGAUUUUGAUGGGGAGUGUCUGUAA